UCUCAAAGCCACACCAAAGCACCCUAGCCUAGCCGACCGGGGCCGACGUCACUGGCACCGCUGGGCUUCCUUUUUGGAGGUCAUGGCAGAGCUCCAUGAUUUGGUGCACAGCAGCUCCCUCACCCUGAUGGUGCCCGCGAUUUUGCUCCUGGCGGCGGCCUUGUUGUGCGUCUACCGGCAGAUGACCGAGGACGCUUCGGACUUACCGCUGACGGGAUUUCUGGCCACCAUCCUCUUGUCCAUGCUGCCACUCAUGGCGCUGAAGGCGAAGAUUUGGUCCUGCAACGAUCGCGUGAGCUUAGUGCCAAUGGUCUUAGUGAAGACGCUUCUUAUGCAUGCAUCUUUGGAGGUGCUUCGGAUCAGCAGCCAAGUCUUGGAGGGGUGGUCCUACAUUGCGCGGAAUAAACUGAACUUCACCUUCGAUCUGGUGAUGUUCGGAUGCGCGAUGGCCGCUUUACGUGUGGUGUUCGAAGUGCCUAUGACUCCAUCCUACUUCUUGGAUCAUCGAGACGUACGGAACCUGGUGGGCAUGGCGGUGGGCAUUGCCUUUGUCUCGGAGGCCUUCUUCGCCUUCAUCAUCCCCAGCGAUGCCAUGAAGAUCAACGCUGCAGGCUUUUCGGUGGCCAACAUCUUGUUUGCAGCUGCUAACUAUGUCGAUGUAGUGGGCUUCAUGCCAGUGGUUUGGAGGCUUUAUCAGGCGGAGAACGCGCUGGAUGACUUCGCUGUGGGGACCAUGGUUCUUCUUGAAGAAUGGGCGUGGCCAUCAUCUCCGUAGAUUCACACUUCUCAAGAAGUUGGUGUCUUUUCGAUUUCACUGGGACUUUGUCUGUUGGUUUUAGAUCGGUUCAGGCGUAGAUUGUUCAUUGGAAUUCUCUUUCGAAGGAUGUCCAACAAGCCGUCCUGGGCGGUCGAUUCCUUUUUCGAGAAAGAAAAAAGCUUGUUUGUGACCUUGUCAGUAAGUUGCUUGCCUGGGUCUUCUUUGACAAGGUGAUUUUGAUCUUAAGGUGGGACCCAUUCGUUUGAGAGUAAGAUUCCAAUCAAACUUUGCGCACCAUACAAGGGAAGUGCUAGUGCUAUAGGUUCAAAGGGUCUUUGAACAUUUAGCAGAGCAUCCUGAAAUGGGUAAGUAUGUAGGCAAGCAUCAUUCAGAGGCCUUGGAAUACUAACAGUCCUUAUAGCCUCAGUCAAGGCCGAAGUGUAGGGAAACGUAAGUUUUGGCUUGAUUGCUGGACCGCGUUGCGUAGUUUGUUGUUCUUCCUGCAGGAAGCACAUCAACAGAGAACAAGUUCCAGAGGGAUCGAGGGAUCAAACAUGAUCAAAGUCAUGUCUGUUUGUGAACUGGUCACCCGCAGAAGUAUUGACAUUUGUUGACAUAUUUGUUCACCAUCCAUUUGUGCUGAAACUCUUGAUUGUGCUGGCACUAGCACCAGCGAGUGCAGCCAAGUCCGUCCCUUUCUAACUUCCAUCCAGGUGAGCUUAGAAGCAAAGCAGCAGGUUCGGGUGUUCUUCGCCUUUGUUUGCACCUUCUACCUCUGGGAUGACGUCUUAGAGCCCAUCUCCAGCAUGGCCGACGAGCCCAUCGGCAUGAUGGCG